UUCAAGACACUGAGUUUUAUUCAGAAGUUACCAAAAGAGAAGCUGGUGAAAAACGAGGUAGUGUAUCUUGUGCUGUUCCAAGUUAGGAGUUUCUGUGUUAGCUUGCCAGCUUAACAAAACCAACACUGAUCCUUAAAACGUAAUUUCCUUAUCAGCUAUUUUCACUUUGUGUCUAGGGCCGUUUCCUUGUUUAUUUUACUACUCCCGCAGCUUUUGGGGGAAGUCCCAUAUCAGACUGUAAUCAAUGGGUCCCCAAUUUUCUUCUUUUCCCAUUCGUACUCCGUUCCGCACAUUUGCUUCGUGAAAUAUCAGUACCAGGGGGCCUGCAUACAUGUUUGGUCUGCACGCAACCUUCAAAGCCGUCCAUCUCUCAUCUUUCCAGUUUUCCCACAGGUCGUUCUUCCCUCCAGUGAAGAAACGCCACAGGUAAAUUCGAAUCUUCCGCCCCAGUUCGCUCCUCCUACUUCCUACCUGUGGCCCCUUCUCCACCCAACCUGAGUUCCGCUUCCAGCUGUUAAGCCGACGGAACCACUGAAGAACGAAAGUUCCGUGUUCCACGGCGCCGGCCCAUUGGCCGCGCGUGCUUCUCCACCACGACCUUGCCACCGCCACCUCCGUGCGGUCUCUCGUCGCAGCCACCUCCCGCAGCAGCGCCACUUCCGGAUCCCCGGUGUCCCCACUUUACGGGUCCGUCCCCCGCCCGGAGCACUUCCUCGUGGUUCUUCCUCAGCCCCAGCAGCGUAGGAGCGGGGCAGCUGGCCUGGCCCAGCGGGAGGCCUUCCUUGCGGAAGCUCUGGUCGGAGGGAGUCUGUCAGCCCGCGGAGUAGAGCGGUGACGGCGCUGAAGCCGCUCCCAUCGCCAGGUCCUGCACACCCGGAAGUGGCGAGGAACUUGAGCUGCGCCGCCGGCCGCUGGCUUUAGGUGCCGGAGGUGGAACACGCGCCGCCGCGCUGAAGCGUGAGUGUCAGCGGAGGCUGAGCGGGGGAGGCGGGAGCGGGGCUGGCACUAGCUCGGCUUCCCUGGCCGGAGAUCUGGCUGCGUUCCUGGAGGCUAGGACUGCGGGGGCAGGCGGGGCUGCUGAAGGGCUACAGUGAAACGGGCCACACCGCUCCCUCCACGCCCAGGACCCGCUCCCUUCAGGCCGGGCUUUUCUGACCCUCUCCUCGCCCCUCCAGGAUCCGGCUUUGACUCUUAACCUUAAAGAUGCUGGAGUCGUACGUAACUCCAAUUUUAAUGAGCUAUGUGAAUCGUUAUAUCAAGAACUUAAAGCCUUCGGAUCUGCAGCUUUCACUAUGGGGAGGGGACGUGGUUCUCAGCAAACUCGAGUUAAAGUUAGAUGUGCUGGAACAGGAGCUGAAGUUACCAUUCACUUUUUUAAGUGGACAUAUUCAUGAAUUGAGGAUUCAUGUACCAUGGACAAAACUGGGUUCAGAACCAGUAGUAAUUACCAUCAAUACAAUGGAAUGCAUCUUGAAGCUUAAAGAUGGAAUACAGGAUGACCAUGAAAGUUGUGGUUCGAAUUCUACCAACCGUAGCACUACUGAGAACACAAAAUCAUCCAUAAAACCCCGAAGAAUUCAGCAGGCUGCUCCUACAGAUCCUGACCUACCACCAGGAUAUGUGCAGAGUCUGAUUAGACGAGUUGUAAAUAAUGUAAACAUUGUUAUAAAUAAUCUCAUACUAAAAUAUGUCGAAGAUGAUAUCGUCCUUUCUGUCAACAUCACUUCUGCAGAAUGCUAUACUGUGGGGGAAUUAUGGGAUCGUGCAUUCAUGGAUAUUUCUGCAACAGAUCUGGUGCUGAGGAAGGUUAUCAAUUUCUCUGACUGUACAGUUUGUCUUGAUAAACGAAAUGCCAGUGGUAAAAUAGAAUUUUACCAGGAUCCUUUAUUAUACAAAUGUUCUUUUAGAACUCGCCUGCAUUUUACAUAUGAUAACCUAAAUUCCAAGAUGCCAUCUAUUAUUAAGAUUCAUACCUUAGUAGAGAGUUUGAAACUUUCUAUCACAGAUCAGCAGUUGCCUAUGUUUAUCCGUAUAAUGCAGCUUGGAAUUGCUCUUUAUUAUGGAGAAAUAGGCAAUUUUAAAGAAGGUGAAACAGAGGACCCUACCUGUCACAGUAAAGAUGUGUUAGGAAACAUCACAGGUACUGAAGAUGAAACUAGAAUAGAUAUACAAUAUCCUGCUCAGUACAGAGGUCAAGAGUUGUAUUCACAAGAUGAUGAGGAGCCACAGGGAUGGGUGUCCUGGGCCUGGUCAUUUGUGCCUGCAAUUGUGAGUUAUGAUGAUGGUGAGGAAGACUACCUUGGAAAUGACCCUACAUCGACCAUGCAUCAGCAAAAAGCACAAACUUUGAAGGAUCCUAUUGUUUCUGUAGGAUUUUACUGCACAAAGGCCACUGUGACGUUCAAACUCACUGAAAUGCAAGCUGAAAGUAGCUAUUAUAGUCCACAGAAAGUAAAAUCUAAAGAAGUUUUGUGCUGGGAACAAGAAGGAACAACAAUUGAGGCCCUUAUGAUGGGAGAGCCUUUCUUUGAUUGUCAGAUUGGGUUUGUAGGUUGCAGAGCCAUGUGUCUUAAAGGAAUUAUGGGUGUUAAAGAUUUUGAAGAGCACAUGAAUAGAAGUGAAGCCGAAGCUUGCUUUUUCAUUUGUGGUGAAAAUUUGAGUACAAAGGGUUUGACAUACCUUACAAAUUCAUUAUUUGAUUACCGAAGCCCAGAAAACAAUAGCACUCGUGCAGAAUUUAUCUUGGAUGCAGCUCACCAUAAGGAGACAUAUACUGAGAUAGCAGGGAUGCAAAGAUUUGGGGCUUUUUACAUGGAUUACUUGUAUACGAUGGAGCACAGCAGUGGCAAAGGUUCAUCAAACCAACAAGAUUUUCCUUCCGGGAAAAAUGAAGAUUUGGGAAUAGUCCAAGAAAAGUCUACCAAAAACCUUGUUAUAGGUCCUCUUGAUUUUCGCUUGGAUAGCAGUGCAGUGCAUCGGAUUUUGAAAAUGAUUGUUUGUGCCUUGGAACAUGAAUAUGAACCAUAUAGCAGGCUAAAACCAGAAAGUAAAGAUGAAAAGGAAACAGUACUGAAUCCUGAAGAAGUGGCUUCUCUGGAGGAAUAUAGUCCUACUCGACAUACAAGCAUUACUGUCCUCAAAUGCACCUGCACAAUUUUCCUGGCUGAAUUUAAUUUGCUUGACCAUUUACUUCCUGUCAUUAUGGGAGAAAAGAACUCAAGUAACUUCAUGAAUACUACAAACUUCCAGUCUCUUCGACCUUUACCAUCUAUUCAGAUAUUGGUGGAUAAAAUUAAUCUGGAACAUUCUGUCCCGAUGUAUGCUGAACAGUUGGUACAUGUAGUCAGCAACCUUACUCAGCCUUCUGACAAUCUCCUUCAUUAUUGCUAUGUACACUGUUAUCUUAAGGUGUUUGGUUUCCAGGCAGGACUGACAUCUUUGGAUUGCAGUGGAGCUUACUGCUUACCUACACCAAUUAUUCCAUCUUUCAGCACUGCCCUGUAUGGCAAACUUCUCAGGUUCCCCACUCUCUGGACCAAAAGAUCUCAGAAUGUCCUAACUGAAGGUAUAUUUGAACUUCCAAAUCUCACAAUUCAAGCUACAAGAGCACAGACACUUCUGCUGCAAGCAAUAUAUCAAAGUUGGUCUCAUAUUGGAAAUGUCAGCUCUUCAACAGUAAAUGAAGCUUUGAUGAAUGAAGUCUUCCAAACUACAGGUGUGAAAUCUAAGAAUCCCCUGCCAACUCUUGAGGGCUCAAUCCAGAAUGUUGAAUUGAAGUACUGCAGCACAUCAUUGGUCAAAUGUGCCUCUGGGACCAUGGGAUCAAUAAAAAUUUGUGCCAAAGCCCCAGGUGAUAAUGGAAAGGAGAAAUUGAUUCCCUUGUUUCAGGGUCCUUCUGACACCAAAGACCUUCAUAGCACCAAGUGGCUCAAUGAAAGUAGAAAGCCUGAAUCUCUCUUAGCUCCAGAUUUACUAGCCUUCACAGUCCAAGUACCACAGUAUAUGGACUACUGCCAUCAUUCUGGUGCUGUAUUUCUGUGUAGUGUACAAGGAAUAGCUGUUAAUAUUGAUCCAGUCUUAUAUACAUGGAUCACCUAUCAGCCACAGAAACGAGCAAGCAGACAUAUGCAACAGCAGGCUGUGGUAGCUGUCCCUCCUCUUGUUCCUUCAGUUAACAAAAGGAGAGAGGAUGAGCUGUCUGUUGGAAGUGCCCCCGUGGCAAAGCAGCAGUCAUAUCAGGCCUCGGAAUAUGCCAGCAGCCCUAUAAAAACAAAGACAGUAACAGAGUCCAGACCACUCUCCGUCCCUGUUAAAGCCAUGCUGCAUGUGCCUGAAGGUUGCAGAAGUCCUGAAGAAAGAAUGAAAGAAUUUAUUGGAAUAUUGUGGAAUGCAGUGAAGAGUCUCACAUUACAGCUUGAAGUACAUUCUUGCUGUGUGUUCAUUCCCAAUGACAACCUGCCCUCCCCGAGUACAAUUGUAUCUGGUGACAUUCCUGGAACUGUAAGAAGUUGGUACCAUGGACAAACCAGCAUACCAGGAACACUUGUUUUUUGUUUUCCUCAAAUAAAGAUUAUCAGCGCUGGUCACAAGUGUAUGGAACCUCUGCAGGAAAUUCCUUUUGUCAUCCCACGGCCUAUCCUGGAGGAAGGUGAUGCUUUUCCUUGGACCAUCAGCUUGCAUCAUUUCAGCAUAUAUACCCUUCUUGGAAAACAACGGACACUUUCCCUAGUGGAACCUAUGGGCUGUACCUCUACUCUAGCUGUCACAUCUCAAAAGCUACUUCCUAUGGGACCUGAUGUGAGGCAUUCAUUUGUUGUCUGUCUCCAUGUUGACCUAGAGUCAUUAGAGAUAAAAUGCUCUAACCCCCAGGUUCAGCUCCUUUAUGAACUAGCUGAUACUAUGAGUAAGGUCUGGAAUAAGAUUCAGAAGAGAGGCACUCUCAGUCCAUCGUCAGUCUAUCCAGAUACGGCAGGGCCUGUCCCUGGUUCUCCAGUUCGUAGCAGUGUAGGCACAGCUCUUCCAGACACCAGCACAUGCAGCCCAUCUGCUGAUAUUGGAACUACCACUGAGGGAGAUUCUAUGCAAGCAGGUGAUGAUUCACCAUUCUCGGAUUCUGUUACCUUGGAACAGACUACUAGUAACAUUGGUGGAUCCAGUGGACGUGUUAGUCUCUGGAUGCAGUGGGUGCUCCCUAAAGUUACUAUAAAACUCUUUGCUCCAGAUCUUGAAAACAAAGGCACAGAGAUUUGUAUGGUCAGUGAGCUAGAAGAUCUCAGUGCAUCUAUAGAUGUGCAGGACGUGUAUACCAAAGUGAAAUGUAAGGUAGAGAGUUUCAAUAUCGACCACUAUCAAAGCAGCCUUGGGGAAGAGUGUUGGUCUUUGGGGCAAUGUGGAGGUGUCUUCCUUUCCUGUACUGACAAGCUGAACAGACGCACCUUGUUGGUUCGACCCGUCAGCAAGCAGGACCCUUUCAGUAAUUGUUCUGCCUUCUUUCCUUCUACAACUACAAAACUUCUAGAUGGCGCUCAUCAGCAGCAUGGAUUUCUUUCUCUAACAUAUACUAAAGCUGUAACAAAAAAUGUCCGUCACAAGUUAACAUCAAGAAAUGAAAGAAGAAGUUUUCAUAAGUUAUCUGAAGGUUUAAUGGAUGGUUCUCCUCAUUUUCUUCAUGAAAUUCUUCUUUCUGCACAAGCAUUUGACAUUGUCUUAUGUUUUCCUUUACUUAAUGCCAUUGCAAGUAUAUUUCAAGCAAAACUACCAAGGACCCAGAAAGAGAAAAGAAAAUCUCCUGGUCAGCCUAUGAGGACCCAUACAUUAACUUCACGCAAUUUACCUUUGAUUUAUAUAAACACAAGUGUAAUCAGAAUUUUUGUUCCCAAAUCAGACGAGAUACAGCCAACUGUUGAAGUUAAUCAGGCAGCAAAGGAAGACACCAUGGUUUUGAAGGUUGGUUCUGUUGCCAUGGCUCCCCAGGCUGACAAUCCACUUGGCAGAUCUGUCCUCAGGAAAGAUAUUUACCAGAGAGCCUUGAACUUGGGAAUUCUUCGAGAUCCUGGAUCUGAAAUUGAAGAUAGACAAUACCAAAUAGACCUGCAGUCCAUUAAUAUUGGUACUGCACAAUGGGAUCAACUAAAACCAGAGAAAGAAAGUGGCACUGGAGGGGUGCUAACAGAGAGUGAAAGGAAUUCCCAAAAUCCAGCCCUUGAGUGGAAUAUGGCCAGCAGCAUACGGCGACAUCAAGAAAGGAGAGCCAUUUUGACCCCUAUCUUGACAGACUUUUCUGUCCGAAUAACUGGAGCACCUGCCAUCAUUUUCACCAAAAUAAUCUCCUCAGAAAACUUGCAUACAGAGGAGAUUUUAGUGUGUGGCCAUUCUUUGGAAGUGAAUAUAACCACAAACCUGGACUUCUUCCUAAGUGUGGCUCAAGUUCAACUCUUACAUCAGUUAAUAGUGGCAAAUAUGACUGGAUUGAACCCAUCAAACAAGACCACAGAGAUCUCUAAGCAAGAACAGAAAAAAAUGGAUACAUUUGAUGGAGGCAUAGCUGAAACCUCUUCCUGGUACAGUGGCGCUCCAGACAGUGGAAUUGGCAGUGACAGCGUUAAAAUUCGAAUAGUGCAAAUUGAGCGACACAGUGGUGCCAGUCAGCACCGCAUUGCCCGCCCCUCACGCCAGUCCUCAAUUGUAAAAAACCUAAACUUUAUUCCCUUUGACAUAUUUAUUACUGCAAGCAGGAUCUCACUAAUGACCUAUUCCUCUUUGGCCUUACCCAAAUCGAAAUCACCAGAACAGAAUGUAGAUGGAAAAACAGGAAAGAGCUCCUUAAAUCUCUCAGAAGUUGAUUCAGAUGUUGCUAAGCCCAACCAGGUGUGCAUUUCCACAGUGACAGCUGAAGAUAUCUUAAACGGCCCCACUUUUCCUUCGGGGAAAAAAAUAAGAGUUUUCUCUCUUGAAAGUCUCCAUGCAUCCACGAGAUCAUCUGCUCGGCAAGCACUUGGCAUAACCAUUGUUCGGCAGCCUGGUCGAAAAGGAACCGGUGACUUACAGCUAGAUCCGUUUCUCUACUUCAUUGUAUCCCAGCCCUCCUUGCUUCUGAGUUGUCACCACCGGAAACAGCGAGUAGAAAUAUCUGUCUUUGAUGCUGUACUUAAAGGGGUAGCCUCUGACUACAAAUGUACAGAUCCUGGAAAGACUCUACCUGAAGCCCUCGACUAUAACACAGUGUGGCUGCAGACAGUGCCUGGAGAAACAGAUGACAAAAGUGGUAUUCCACCUUCCCUUGUUACACUACAGAUUAAAGACUUUCUUAAUGGAACAGCUGAUAUCAACUUGGAUGUAUCAAAGCCUUUGAAAGCAAACCUGAGUUUUACCAAACUGGAACAGAUAAAUCAUUUUUUAAAAAAGAUAAAAAAUGCACAUAGCUCUGCACCUAGCAGAGAGACCUCAGCUCUAUCAGAAACCACAGUGAAUAAGGAUGAGCCAUCCAUUUCCAGAAGUUACCGUGGAAAGUUCUCCAAGUCCAGAAUUCAUUGUGAUGGAGUGCAGAAGAUUUCCUUUCAAGAAAACAUGUGGAGAGCCAUUUCCUGCUUUCAAAAAAUUUCUGUUCGUACUACCCAGAUUGUGAUCUCCAUGGAAACUGUCCCCCAUCUUAAUAAACCAUGUCUAUUAGCAUCAUUGUCAAACCUCAAUGGAAGCCUUAAUGUCAACGCAGCACAAAAAGUACCUGGCAUAAUUCUUGGAUCAUCAUUUGACCUCAGCAUAAAUGAUUUGCUCCUUAAAACAAGUCUCAAAGAAAGAAGUCGGAUUCUGAUAGGACCAUUUGCUACUACUGCCCAUCUGGAAGCUAAGUGGUGCAAACAUAGUGGCAAUCCAGACCUGGAGCAAUCCAUACCCAAAAUAUCCAUCGAUUUAAGAGGUGGCCUGCUACAGGUAUUCUGGGGCCAAGAACAUUUGAAUUGUUUAGUUCUUCUUCAUGAGUUAUUCAGUGGCUAUCUGAAUGAGGAGGGAAAUUAUAAAGUACAAGUUCCUGAAGCAGUGCCUCAAAUGCCAUCUCCUGCGGAAAAAAAUCAGGCCUUUAAAAGUGAGCAAAGUUCAGAUGAUUUGAGGACAGGUCUCUUUCAGUAUAUACAAGAUGCUGAACCUUUGAAACUUCCUGGUGUCUAUGAAGUCUUGUUUUAUAAUGAAACAGAAGAGAGUCCAGGGAUGAUGCUAUGGAGGUAUCCAGAACCUCGAGUGCUCACCCUUGUACGAAUAACUCCUGUGCCUUUCAAUACCACGGAGGAUCCAGAUAUUAGCACAGCAGACCUGGGUGAUGUGCUACAGGUUCCUUGUAGUUUGGAAUACUGGGAUGAACUCCAGAAGGUUUUUGUUACUUUUCAAGAAUUUAGUUUGUCCGAAAGCAAAGUUUGUGACCUGCAGUUGCCAGAUAUCAAUCUGGUGAGUGAUCAGAAGAAACUGGUAUCUUCGGAUCUCUGGAGAAUUGUCUUGAACAGCAAUCAAAAUGGAGCAGAUGACCAAAGCUCUGCAAGUGAAUCAGGUUCUCAAAGCACUUGUGACCCACUUGUAACUCCAACAGCGCUGGCUGCUUGCACCAGAGUCGACUCCUGUUUCACUCCGUGGUUUGUCCCAGCUCUUUGCAUGGCUUUCCAGUUUGCACACCUGGAGAUUCAUCUCUGUCAUCACCUUGACCAACUAGGCACAGCUUCACCACAAUACCUACAGCCCUUCAUCUCUGAUAAAAAUGUGCCAUCUGAACUAGAAUACAUGAUUAUUUCCUUCAGAGAGCCACACCUGUAUCUUCGACAGUGGAACAGCGGGCCUUUCUGCCAGGAGAUCCGAUUUUCAUGUCAAGUGGACUGUAAACUUUUAGAGUGCAGAAAUGUUACAAUGCAAAGCGUGGUGAAACCCUUCAGCAUCCUUGGACAGGUCACGCUUUGCAGUGAUGGAGUGCAAAAGCUGCUUGACUCCAGCAUGAUCAUAGACUCAGUAUUUGUAAACUUUGGGCAGCAUGUAGUUCAUUCUCUAAACACAGCAAUACAAGCUUGGCAGCAGAACAAAUGCCCCGAGGUAGAGGAAUUGGUCUUCAGCCACUUUGUGAUCUGUAAUGACACACAGGAGACACUGCGGUUUGGCCAGGUGGACACUGAUGAAAAUAUUCUGCUGGCGAGUCUCCAUAGUCACCAGUACAGCUGGCGCUCUCACAAAUCCCCACAGCUGUUACACAUCUGUAUCGAAGGUUGGGGCAACUGGCGUUGGUCAGAGCCCUUCAGUGUGGAUCACACCGGGACAUUUAUUAGAACGAUUCAGUACAAGGGUCGAACUGCUUCACUCAUCAUCAAGGUUCAGCCACUCAGUGGAGUGCAGAAACAGAUUAUCAUCUGUGGAAGACAGGUCAUCUGUAGUUAUUUGUCUCAGAGCAUCGAACUAAAAGUUGUUCAGCAUUAUAUUGGUCAGGAUGGACAAGCUGUGGUUCGAGAACACUUUGACUGCCUCACAGCCAAACAGAAACUGCCUUCAUACAUAUUAGAAAACUGUGAACUGACAGAAUUGUGUGUGAAGGCCAAAGGAGAUGAAGACUGGUCAAGAGAUGUGUGCCUGGACCCCAAAGCCUCUAAGUAUAGCCUUGUCAUCCAGGUGCCAGCUUCAAACAGUUCCAUUAUUUAUGUCUGGUGCACAGUUUUGACUUUGGAACCCAACUCUCAAGUUCAACAGCGAAUGAUUGUGUUCAGCCCUCUUUUUAUCAUGAGGAGUCAUCUUCCAGACCCCAUUAUCAUACAUUUGGAGAAAAGAAGCCUGGGAUUGAGUGAAACACAGAUUAUUCCAGGAAAGGGGCAGGAAAAUCCACUGCAGAACAUAGAACCUGACCUUGUGCAUCAUCUAACAUUUCAAGCAAGAGAAGAAUAUGAUCCUUCGGAUUGUGCUAUUCCCAUAUCCACAGCUCUCAUUAAGCAAAUAACCACCAAAAUACAACCUGAAGGCACAGUUAAUCAGAUCCUUGAUGAAUUCUAUGGGCCAGAAAAGCCCCUUGAACUCAUUUGGCCUUACAAUAAGAAGGAAUCUGACAGGAAUGAACAGCUGAGUCAGUGGGAUAGCCCAAUGCGAGUGAAAUUGUCAGUCUGGAAGCCAUAUGUUCAAACCUUGUUGAUAGAACUUCUGCCCUGGGCCCUGCUUAUCAAUCAAUCCAAAUGGGACCUCUGGCUGUUUGAAGGAGAAAAGAUUGUUCUACAGGUUCCAGCUGGCAAAAUUAUUAUUCCACCUAAUUUUCAGGAAGCUUUUCAAAUUGGAAUAUACUGGGCAAAUACAAACACUGUGCACAAGUCAGUAGCAAUUAAGCUGGUCCAUAAUCUGACAUCUCCAAAAUGGAAAGAUGGAGGUCAUGGCGAAGUUGUGAUACUGGACGAAGAAGCUUUUGUUGAUGCUGAGAUAAGACUUGGUGCUUUCCCAGGCCAUCGAAAGUUGUGUCAGUUCUGCAUUUCCUCCAUGGUGCAGCAAGGCAUACAAAUUAUUCAGAUUGAAGACAAGACUACAAUAAUCAAUAAUACUCCGUAUCAAAUAUUUUAUAAGCCACAAUUAUCUGUCUCCAAUCCCCAUUCUGGAAAGGAGCGUUUUCAUGUUCCAGACAGUGCUACAUUCAGCAUUUGCCCAGGUGGAGAGCAGUUGGCUAUGAAAUCCAGCUCCUUGCCUUGCUGGGACUUCAUGCCCAAUGUUGGGCCAUCAGGGUUGGAUGUGUCGAUGCUUCAGAAACAGAUCUUGCUAGGCUUUUCUCCUGCGCCAGGAUCCAACAGCUCACAGUGCUGGAGCCUGCCAGCCAUAGUUAAACAAGAGUUUCCCAGACAGAGUGUAGCAGUACCCUUCGGGACCUUUCAGGAAAAUGGAUUCUGCACAAGGGCUAUAGCACUGACAUAUCAAGAACACUUUGGAGUCACUUACUUAACCCUCUCAGAAGACCUGAGUCCUCGAGUCAUUUUCCACAACAGAUGUCCAGUAACAGUACUUAUAAAGGAAAACAUCAAAGAUAUUCCAAAGUUUGAAGUUUAUUGCAGAAAAAUUCCUUCUGGGAGUUCAGUUCAUCAUGAGCUGUAUCACCAGAUUGCCAGUUAUCCAGACUGCAAGACCAAAGACUUACUUCCCAGCCUUUGUUUGAGAGUAGAGUUGCUAGAAGAGAUGGCAACUGAGUGGGGUGAUGCUGUUGACAUCAACAGUCAGGGAACACAGGUUGUGUUCCUCACUGGCUUUGGCUAUGUGUAUGUGGAUAUUGUCCAUCAGAGUGGCACAAUCUUUAUCACUAUAGGCCCAGAAGGAAAGGCAGGACCUAUUUUAACCAACACCAACAGAGCUCUGGAGAUUACCUUUAAUAUGUUCAUCACCCAGCUGAGCCUGGCAAUGUCUGAUGACCUCACUCACCACAAAGCAUCAUCCGAACUUCUGAGGCUCACUCUGGACAACAUCUUCCUCCAUGUAGCUCCUGUGGCUGGUGCCCUUUCAGGGGAAGAGCCUACCUCCGCCCUCUUUCAGCUUUACUGUGUGGAGGUCUACUGUGGAGACCUGCAACUGGACAACCAGCUCUAUAACAAGUCCAAUUUCCACUUUGCUGUCUUGGUCUGUCAGGGAGAUAAAACAGAACCUACUCAAUAUUCCAAAAUGCAGAGCCUCCUUGUCUCUAGCAAAGACCUGGAAGACUAUAAGGAGAAUUGUUUCAUCAAACUUUACAUCACUAUAUCUGAGGGGAGGGACGUCCUGCUCAAUGUCAAUGAGUUCAGUUUUGAACUGAAACCUGCCCGGUUAUAUGUGGAGGACACAUUUGUGUACUACAUCAAAACUUUGCUUGACACUUACCUUCCUCACAGUAGGCUGACUACUCACUACACACAGCUCUCUGGGGGUAAACAGGCAAUACCCAUGCAAGUAAGACAGCAUGCCAGGGCCUUGGUGAACCCAGUGAAGUUGCGGAAGCUGAUCAUCCAGCCAGUUAGUCUGCUCGUCAGUAUCCAUGCUUCCCUCAAGCUCUAUAUAGCCUCCGACCACACUCCACUCUCCUUUUCCGUGUUUGAAAGAGGACCCAUCUUCACAACAGCAAGACAGCUCGUGCAUGCGCUGGCCAUGCAUUAUGCUGCUGGCGCUCUUUUCAGAGCAGGCUGGGUGGUGGGAUCUCUGGAGAUCCUUGGCAGCCCUGCAAGCCUGGUGCGAAGCAUAGGAAAUGGGAUUGCAGACUUCUUCAGGCUUCCUUAUGAGGGCUUGACCCGAGGCCCAGGGGCCUUCGUGAGUGGAGUCUCCAGAGGGACCGCCUCGUUCGUCAAGCAUAUUUCCAAAGGUACCCUGACAUCCAUCACCAACCUGGCCACCAGCCUGGCCCGGAACAUGGACCGGCUCUCACUGGAUGAGGAGCACUACAACCGGCAGGAGGAGUGGCGGCGGCAGCUCCCCGAGAGCCUAGGCGAGGGCCUGCGACAAGGCCUAUCCCGACUGGGCAUCAGCCUGCUGGGUGCAAUUGCUGGUAUAGUUGAUCAGCCAAUGCAGAACUUCCAGAAAACAUCCGAGGCCCAGACUUCAGCAGGACAUAAGGCCAAGGGUGUUAUCUCAGGUGUGGGGAAAGGAAUCAUGGGGGUGUUCACAAAACCCAUUGGAGGAGCUGCUGAACUUGUAUCACAGACUGGCUAUGGUAUUUUACAUGGAGCUGGACUUUCUCAGCUUCCCAAACAGCGCUAUCAGCCAAGAGAUCUACGUGCUGACCAGGCUCCAAACAGCCAUGUCAAAUAUGUCUGGAAGAUGCUUCAGUCUCUGGGUAGACCAGAAGUCCACAUGGCCCUAGAUGUGGUUCUGGUGAGGGGCUCAGGCCAAGAGCAUGAAAGCUGUUUGCUGUUGACAUCAGAAGUGCUCUUCGUCGUGAGCAUCAGUGAAGACACACAGCAGCAGGCCUUCCCCAUCACAGAGAUCGACUGUGUACAGGACAGCAAGCAAAACAACCUUCUCACCGUGCAGCUCAAACAGCCAAGAGUAGCCUGUGAUAUGGAGAUGGAUGGUGUCCGAGAGAGACUGUCAGAGCAACAGUAUAACAGACUUGUGGACUACAUCGCUAAGACAUCUUGUCAUCUGGCCCCUAGCUGCUCUUCCAUGCAAACACUAUGCUCUGUGGUGGCUGUGGAACCUCCCUCCGCCACUGUUAAAACAUACCAUUAUUUGGUUGACCCACAUUUUGCUCAGGUUUUCAUUAGUAAAUUUACCAUGGUAAAGAAUAAGGCCCUAAGGAAAGGGUUUCCCUGAGUCUCCUUUAAGAUAGGUGUUGAUUCUUAUGGUGCAAUUUGGUUUUGAAACAAGGAGCAGAGAGACCUAGUGUUAACAUUCAACACGGACACAAGGCCAACCCUUUUCUAUAUUUACAGGCAUACUAAUUUUCUAAGGACUUAGAUCUUACCUUCUCCCCAAAACUUUAAGAUGGAAUGACAAAAAUGUUUCUUCUUCAUUUGAACAAUGAACAACAGAAUCUUGUAUUACAUUCUUACUAUACAUAGAAAAUGCACUCCUUUUUGUUCUAGACAUUUGCAAAAAUUUUCCACUCUAAUCUCAAUCUAGUUAUGCUUUGAUCUACAGCAAAAUGUGGAGAGGCUUUAGAAUACAGAUCCAGGGAUAAAAUUUCACCACCUCUGCCUAAUACUCUAUAAAGAUUUGGAUUCUUUAAAUGAAAUGCUUAAGACUUGUUAAAUUUGUUACAUACUAUUCUUUUAGUAAAAAGCUGCUAUGUUUAUUUCUUCCAAAGACUGCAUUUUAGUGAAAUUUAUAGAACAGUCUUUUAACUGUCCAGGUGUAUUUUGGAAAGCUUAUGUUACAUAAGUUAAAAAGUAAAUAUCUGGUGUCUACCAAUGAACAGACCAUAGUGCUUAGGUAACUUUCUUUGGUUCCAUAAAGAAAACAUGUACUUACUAGGAACUCCCUGGUAUAUUAAAGGGGCGUCAAGAACCCCAACAUCAGUGUUAACAAUGACAGCAGUCCACAUAGCUUACUCUGCUGAAUUGGCUCAAUAAAACAUCAAGAUAUUCCUAGUGUCUGGCAAGUGUUGUUUAACAUCUAAGAAAAGGCUUGACACAAGAUCUGGAGUCACUAGGUAUUUUAAAGUGUUCAGCAACUGUCUCAUGGUCCAAUUAAGACAUGCCCAAUGAUUACAUUCACAUAUAGGCCUGCAACUUGUUGACUUCAAUUUCAAAAUGCUAAGAUAGUUCAGUUUCAAAGGCCCACUUGGUCUUCAACUCUGACUGCUGGGCACACAUCACCACUACCAUCACUGUUACUAGAAAACAAGAUUAUUAGUGGAUAAUUCAGGCCAAAUAUAAAAAGCAAUUUAGUUAUUUAACACUCAUUUAAGAAAGUAACAUUUUGUGAACCUCAAGAUUAAAUUUUUUAAGAAUGUAAAUAUGCAGUGAUUCUUGUAUGCUUUAUGAUAAUUUUACAUAUUGCUAAGAACUGUUGUAUAAAUAAAAGGUAACCUUGAAUUAAUGACCAUG